AAUAACACAUUUUUCCAUAGGCUUCCUUUCUAACAUUUAACCCAAGUACGGUUACUUUGAGUGUUGGAAGGAAUCUACAAAAUAUGAGAAAAUUUUGAAGGAUCACUCUGAAGGAAUCUAGAAAAUAUAAAAAGAUCUUGAAGGAUCAUUCUCUCAUUAGUCAUUCAUGUUUCUUUCAAAGGUUUGAAGGAUUUUGUGGGUUUCUUUCUAAAUUUCAAAGUUCCUUCUUCCUCUCUGCUUCUUCUUCUUGCUGGUAGUUGGGUUGGAAGCACUUCACCCUUUUGCCGUGGCCGUGGCCGUCGCCGGAUUGGGUGGGUCGUGUACUUCGCCGUCGCAGGGUUGGAUCUCCUAAUAUUUGAAUUAAUUACAAUUUGAGGGGCAUUUUGAUAAUUAUAUUAAUUUUAUGUAAACCCUAACGUUCUUUCUUGAUACAUUACCAAGGCGAGUGGCCGCCUCUGCCCUUCACGCGUCGCCACAGCCGACAAACAGCACUCUCAGGUCUUUAACAUUUUCCACAACACCCGGUUGGGUAUAACUCCUCUUCUCUAUUGGAUUUAGUUGAUCAUUCGUGUUAAUAUGCCGUUUUUCUAUUUGGGUUUUGUUUAUGGUGCACUGCUUUUCAGUAUUGUGGGCGGCUCCACUUCACUACUGUCCAGUAUUGUUGUUUCUGCAGAGUACAAUAAUGGGAGGAAAAAGAAAAAAGAGUGAAAGUGAAGGAGGUGGAAAUGACGACAAGAAGGAUAAGCAAAAGAAUGAAAUGCUACCUUCCAUGAUUAAGAACAAGGAGAAGAGGUCGGCAGUUCAUGCCAAGCUUAAACAUGAGAAGAAGCUGGAGAAGUGUAAGAAGGCUAAGGCUCGGAAUGCCGCUGAGAAGCGUGCUCUCGAGCUUGGUGAGGAGCCUCCACCGAAGAAGAUCCCUCGAACAAUUGAGAACACCAGGGAAUUGGACGAGACAGUAUGCAGGCCCGAUGAUGAAGAGCUAUUUGCUGGAAAUGAUGCUGAUGAAUUUAGUUCAAUAUUAAAGUAUGGACGCACUCCAAAAGUGCUAAUCACUACCUGCCGUUACAAUUCUACGAGAGGACCUGCAUUUAUAUCAGAAUUACUUUCAGUGAUCCCAAAUGCACAUUAUUAUAAGAGAGGAACCUAUGACUUGAAAAAGAUUGGAGAAUAUGCAAAUAACAAGGAUUUGACUUCUAUUAUUGUUGUUCACACCAAUCGUAGGGAACCAGAUGCGCUUCUAAUCAUUGGAUUACCAGAUGGACCUACUGCACAUUUUAAGUUGUCAAGACUUGUGUUACGCAAGGAUAUUAAGAAUCAUGGAAAUCCAACUAGUCAUGAGCCUGAGCUUGUCUUGAAUAACUUUACAACACGGCUAGGUCAUCGUGUUGGAAGAUUAAUACAGUCACUUUUCCCACAAAAUCCAGAUUUUCAUGGUCGGCGAGUAGUAACUUUUCACAAUCAGCGAGAUUUUAUAUUUUUCCGGCAUCAUCGGUAUAUUUUUGAAACCAAAGCAACUAAACAGACAGAUUCAAAAAGUAAAAAGACCAAGGAUGUCACGGAUGAGAACAUCUCUCAAGAGAAAGUAAUUGCCCGUCUUCAGGAGUGUGGCCCUCGUUUCACACUGAAGUUAAUCAGCCUGCAGCAUGGAACAUUUGAUUCUAAAGGCGGGGAAUAUGAAUGGGUUCACAAGCCGGAAAUGGACACUAGCCGAAGGAGGUUUUUCUUGUGACCUGCUUUGAAAUUCCGCUUUCAAUGUUUCUUUGUCAUGGAACAAAAGCAUUUUUGUUGUAGAGAGCUGAUACACUGUCACGAGUAGUCAUGGAAUAUGUUGCUACCAUCUCCCUCAAUAUGCUGGAGAAUUUUGACACAAAAAAUUUAUGUUAUGGAUUUCUUUGUUAGGAAAUUUGCAUGUUGAAAAGUGCAAAAGUACCAAAGUUUAGUAGAAGAUUAACAUUUAUUUAUUAUUUUCAUCACGUAAUUGUUAGUCCUUGAAAUAUAUAUAUCUCUUUUUCUGAAAA